AUGGUUUGCAGUAUUCUAGGGAGGAAAAAGUUGACAAGCUUGGUAACGGCUUCCAUCUGUUUCACGCAUCCUAGCAGUCACUUAGUGCUGUGGAGCAGAGGUUGUUCACAGUAUAAACAGGUAACCAGCAAUGAAGACAUGCCUGUCUUUGUGGAAAUAAACAGAAAGAAAUCACAAAAGUGAUUAAAAGAGCUCAAAUAAUGGGGUUUAUGC